AUCUAAAAAAGGAAUGCUAUGUGUACAUUAGAUUAGAUGUACACAAUUUGUACACCAUAUAAAAGGUCAAAAAUAAAUUUUUUACCCCCUCCCCCACCUCUCUUCCGCACCUGUGAACCUCUUCUCAAACCUCCCGCCACUCCACUUCCUUUCUUCUUCGCCGUUUCUUCUCGUUCUGUGUGCAUAUCUCCCCCCACGGUUGUCUUCUUCUUCGCCUCUCCACUUCCAUCCCCUGAAGUCGUCUCGUAUCGCACACACCAUCCUCAUCGCGAAGCAUCCCCGGUCUCCUGGCGUGACUGCGAACCCCGGCGCCCCCCCUGAAGAACCCACCACCGAAAUGGUCCGAACGUCACUGUCAUCGUUGGCCGAGGCUUCACAUAGAAGGAAAAAGCAUGCACUCAUGGUUCCCGUUAAGUCCCAUUUCCCGGCACAGUAUUCACAGUUAACUUUUUUUUUGGGAAAUUGGGUGACUUGCUAAAUUCCAUGCCCCUCGAUCAAAGGGAGGAGUUCAAAAAGCUUCCAUGGGGUCAUUUUGCUAAACCUCCAGAAUUGCAAUUUUCUGGCCAGAUUGUGCAUUUGCUUUUGUUGCGGCUGGUUAAGCAACAACCUGAGGAUGAGCUUUGGUUUUCAAUAUAAUGAGAGGGAAGAUCUUUAAGUUCACUUUUAAAGAUUUCUGUGAAAUAACAAACUUGCCCGCGUACACCACCAGACCGAGAUUUGUUAAAAAAAAGGAGAAAGGUAGUGUGGCUGAUAUAUUCUAUAAAGGAAAGAAGCGUGUGACUUACCAAGAUCUGAAGGAAACAAUGGUGGCAUUGAAUCCAAAGAGGAGGAUUGAGCCGUUAGCAUUUUUGAAGUUCGUUUCCCUUUUCGUCAUUGAUGGUGUGUUGCUUACCAAAGACCACGGUACAAUGAUCAAUGCUGAUCAUUUUGAUUGGGUCGAAGACUUUGAGAACUUCAAAAAGUAUCCUUGGGCACUCGAGUCUUAUAAGCUUAUGGUGAGCAACAUGAAGUCGUUGAUGCGUGGUCAACCGGAGAAGUUUGAAGCUUCAUUAGCUAAGAAGCCUGACUACAAGAAUGCUAAGUUCACUGUUUGGUCCUUACCCCACGUCUUGCAGGUGUGGGCGUAUGAGAAAAUCCCUGGACUUGCAGGGAAAUGCGGCCAAAAAGUGAAAUCUGAAAAAGCUAGCAUGUUGAACUGGAAAGCUGUUGGGUUUUUCCACUAUUCUUCUUUGAAGGAACUAGUAUUUACCGACGAGCCUUUAGAAGAAAGUGAUGAUGACAAUGAUGGAGAGGAAGAUGGUGAAGAAGAAUCUGACGAAGAAGAUGAUAUCCAAGAAGAUGAUGGAGAUGAUGAUGAUGGGGCUGUUGAUGUGGAUGUCAAACUUUUUAAGAAAUUGAAGGUCAUGGAAGAACUUGCACAUGUAAGGAAUGACAUGGACAAGCUCAGGACAAGUGUUACAGUGGUUCAAUCUACACUUCAUGAGGUGAAAGGCAUGUUAUGUAAGCUGAUGGAUGUGGUUGGGCAUGGCAAACAGGAAGCUGCCACUGAAGAGAAGGAAGUCACCAAUGAGGAGAAAGAUAAGCAUGAUUCUGUUCAUUAUACACAGUGUAGAGAGCAUGACAUUCUGGAUGAGGCCACUGAAAAGAAGUCUGAGGAAGCGGAUGAAGUCCAAUGUGGAGAGCCUAAUUUCCCGCAUGAAUUCAUUGACGACAAUGAGGGAACCGAGCAUGGCACUCCGGUAGUGGCUGAGGAAGACAAUGAGGGAAGUGAGCAUGGCACUCCGGACGUCGUAACUGCAGAUAAACAUGACUCUGAUGAAGAUCAGCAGGGAAGUGAGGCCCUAAUGGCACUUGUGGUCACCGGUGAAAAGGAGAAAGAUGUUGAAGUUGUUGACCGCAGUGUUCCCAAAUUGCCUAAAUCAACCCUCAUAAGCUUUCUUUUGGAAGAAUUGAAAGACGUGGAUAUGGUCUUAGGAGAUUGUGAGUCACCACUGCCUAAGUAAGAUGCAUUUUUGGAUGCAUCACUCACUGCCUCAACGCCUUGUGAAAAUGUCGAAUGAGAAGAUGUGCUUCAAGAUGAAGUUGAAAUAACCAAAGCCCAACCUGCCAUCUAUGAAAGGAAAAAAAGAAAGAGGUUUGUCUCAAAGUAUCAUAGUAGCCCUUUCAUGGAUCCAUUUGCUAAGCGGGUGAAGCGAAGCGAAGUUGGAAGGGACACAGACAUUUCAGAAGAAGAUAAACUGUUGAAUGAGCUCAAGACUUGGGCGGAAGCCCCUGCUACUGAAGAACCGGUGUGUGUGAUGUUAGACAUGCCAAUCCAUAUGACUGUUGAUAGAAAGUUCUUCUGUGACCUCAUUGCUCCACAGGAUUGGCUGAGCAGUAUGCACAUUGAUGCCCUGACCAACCUGUUGAUGAGCCAAAGAUUUCAGGGUCAACAGUGUGAAAUAAUUUCCAUGUUUUUUGUGAAUCAAUUGAAGAAGAAGAGAUUUGACAAGCUAGAAGAUUGGAGUGGAGACAGAUUCUUGAAACGUAUUGACUGGCGUGGGUUGUCAAAGGUUUUAAUUCCGUUGAAUGUUGAAAAUAAACACUGGAUCUUAUGUGAGGUGAAUUCGGAGGAGGUCGUGGUUAAAGUUUAUGAUUCCAUGAAAACUUCCCGAAGUAAAUGGUAUGCAUUUGAUUUGUGUUCGAGGCUUCCUUAUCUAGUACAAGAGAUUCAACAUGACCUCCCACGUCCCUUACACCUUAGACCAUGGGAGGCAGUGGCUGUUGAUGGGGUUCCACAACAAGGAAUAGGGAGUGGAGUAUGCGGUGUUAUGGUUAUGGCGUUUGCUGAACAUUUGAUGCACGACCUCCUCUUAACACCCGGGUGUGAGUACGACAACUGCCGCACAAUACGAAACAACUUCGCAGUACGCCUAUGGGGUUUCAUGAAGAAAGCGUAGAAGAUUCUUGAAAAGUAUGAGGGUUGUCCAUAUAUGUAUUUUUGUCCUUGUGAAUGAUGGGAAAAACACUUAAACCAAAGUACUUAUUUUUUGUUGUAACCAUUUGUCCAUGAUAUGCCCGAAGUAGUUAUAUAUAUGCUUAUGUUUUUUAUGUAAUCCCUAAACCAAACAUAUGUAUAUCAACUUCUGGUUUUGCAGUAUAUGCUGGUAGAGUAUUGGAUGUGAACAUUCC